UACGACGUCGUUUCCAUCUCUAUGGUCGGUUAAUCAAAAUCCCGAAUUAGGGUAAGAAAAAGCAAAAUAUCUUUCAAAGAGCUGCUGAAACAGUCGGUCGGAAGAUAUACCGCUGAAAUCUGCUGAGAACAGGAGCAAUUUCCGGUACAAAUUAUCAGGGAGAGGUUUUGGACGAGCUCGUCGCCGGCAAAUCCAAGCGCGAAAUCUUGAGUGAACAAGGCGCUUGAAGGGAGAAGGAGACGUAGAGAAACAAGUCAGCGAAGGAGGCACAACUGAGAAGGGAGUCGCGACAGCGUGCGAGGGCGGCCGAAGAGCGGAGUCGGAGAUUCCAACUUUGUCCUCGAUUCAUCCUUAUUUUUUGCCCGCGGCGGAAGAAAUUCCUCACCCGGAGCUUAAAACUGAGGACCAGCAGGCUGUAAUCGUGUGCUAAUAAGUGGAAGAAGAAAGACCUAGUGGCUGGCCAUUGCAAGGUUAGUCCAUUCGUUGCUAUCUUCACUAUUGAACGCUUUGACUUCAUUUCUUUCAUUCUUUUAAUUAAAUUUCUGCUUCUGACUAUAGUUUGCUAGUUAUCAGUGUUCUGUUACCUCUUUUUUUUUCUUAAUGAAUUACUGCUAAGUUUUAUUCAUCGAAAGGGAGUUCAUCCAUAAGUAAUGGACUUGCUCCAAUGAUAAAGUACAAUAAAGGUGGCUGAAGGUACAUAUGCAAACACUAGAAACAAGUUGUUAUGGUGGCUCAAAUGGGUUUUGGCUUGUGCCAUACAACAUCAAAUGUAGGGAUUGAAGUUCUUGUUGAGAUAGUUUGUUGCUACUAUCCAACCAUGAGCAAAUGAUGUAGUUGAUUAUGUUGGAUAGAGUGGCGCUGCUUGUGUAGUGAUCACGACUCACGAGAAAGUCUAGCAUUCCACUCAGUCCAUAAUAACCAAAACACUGCAUGUGGAAGUGGCCAGAAAGCAUUUGACAAUCUGCAACCUUUAGUGACGUUUGACCAUUGAACUAGUAGCUCGCUGCAACUACGAGGUAGAGGGCCAGCAAGAUUGAGUCGAAAGAGAGAGAAGUUCCGUACCCUGGAAGAGUAGCUGCAGGGGAGAAGUAAGUGGUCUGCUGCCUCUUCUGAAGCAAAUCAAAGACAACAAUGAUUGAGGAGAAUCCACCCUCGUAAUCGAAAUUGAACGGUUGUCAGGAUUUUUCUCCGAAAGCCAACCAACUGAAAAUUGUGACUUUGGAGGGUACCAUCGGCUGCCAAUGGAUUUUGCUGGGAAUGACGAUCCAAGGCCAGGAAAGAGAUCUCGAGUCAAUUCCUUAUAGCAGAGGCUGAGAAGGCAUCCUCCUGCAAAGUGGAUUACCUUCGAAUCGUAUUUGCCUUUGUAAUAUUGGCUUCUAACUGAAUGUUCCUGUUUUUUCCAUUGAAAGUGAUUUCAGAGAGGGAAUUAUAUUUUCCAUUUUGAUUAUCUUUCCUGUGAAAUUGAACUAUGGAGGCGUUAAGCUGUUGAGAUUAAUUAGGUUUCUCGGGAGCUCCAUGUUUAGUUUUUUUUUUUGUGGAUAGACUUGUGAUUUAUUAGGGUUGGCAGUGUUAUAAUUGUGCUUAAUGAUGUUUUGCAGAGGACAGGCUUCGGUGAAGCUGUGAUCUUUUGCCCAUUAAUCCGGCAAUGGCAGAUUCAGGAGAAUCUCAACAGCCUGAACAAGUAUGCAGCUUUUUCAGAAAGCCAACUAAGGGGAAGAACAUCAGGAAGAGAGCAGUAGAAGACGAUGAUGCCGAGGAUCCAAAAACCGACAGCUCUUUCUUAAACAAUCAGAAGAAGGUGCCAAAGUCUGAUAACAAGCUAUACUUCUCGACAGGACCUUCCAAGAGCUCAAAGCCAUCUGAUUCCAACUCGGACAACAAUGAGAAAUCCAUCUUUCAGUUUCAGUCUUCAAAGGAAAUUCAGGUACAAAAUGACAGUAGGGCAACAGCAACUCUGGAAACCGAGACAGACUUUGGAAGAGAUGCAAGGGCAAUACGUGAAAGAGCUCUUAAGAAAGCAGAGGAGGAUCCAAAGGGUAACAAACAGAUUUCUUCAGGCGGCAAUGAGAAGCUGUACAAAGGAAUUCAUGGGUAUAUAGAUCACAAAGCUGGAUUUAGAAGAGAGCUAACAAUAGCAAGUGAGAAAGCUGGUGGAUCACAUGGGCCACUUAGGGCAUCUGCACACAUCAGGGUCUCAGCAAGGUUUGAUUAUCAGCCGGAUAUAUGUAAAGAUUACAAAGAGACCGGUUACCGUGGUUAUGGAGAUUCUUGCAAGUUUAUGCAUGAUCGAGGGGAUUACAAGUCUGGAUGGCAAAGGGAGAAUGAGUGGGAUGAGGCAGAGAAGGCAAGGAAGAGGAAAUUAGCUAUGGGUGCGUUGGCCAAGGAGGAAGGUGAAUUUGAUGAAGCCAAUGAUGAUGACGACGAUGAUGACGAGGAAGCCCUGCCAUUUGCAUGUUUCAUUUGUAGGGAGCCUUUUGAAGAUCCUGUUCAUCAUUCCAAGAACAAGAAAUGCUUCGUCUGCAACAAGCCGACGCUGGGUAUUUUCAACACUGCUCAUGAAAUACGCAAGAGGAUGGCAGAGGCGAACAAAAGAUCAUGCUGGCUUGCUGCAGAUGCUGUAUCGGCUGAUCAUUUUUUGAGUCCCUGACACGGGCUGUUGCAUCUUCCCGGCUCAUGACACUUCGAGCAAUUUCAUUUUAAGAGAGUUAUUAGUGAUCUAGUAUGACACCAUCGCAUUGCGAGUAUACCAUGUAAUCAAAAAGUUGAUCUGCAGGCGUCUGGAGUCUUGAUUUGCUUGUAUUUUGUAGACAGUUCUUUUCAUGUCUACACUGAUACUAUUGCGAAUUUCAUCCUCCAAUUAAAUUUCAACCCAAUAGGUGCAUGAAAGAUCUUAAGGGGUUGUUUGGAUUAGGAAAUGUGGGUAGGGAUUUUGCCACAAUUUCUUGUCAUUAGGGAUUUUGUCACAAUUCUUUGUUUGGAUAGGAAAAUGAAAAUGAGGGAUUUGAGUCACUAGGAAUUUCGAAAAUCCUAUCAUUAGAGAAUUUAAAAUAGCUGAUGGACCUCAGAUUUUUUGAAAUCUCUUGCCUAUUUUUUUCCAACCUUCCUGAUUUAUCCCUCCUUAUUUUUUGGUAUUACUUUCUUACCCUCACUCUUUAUUCAACGACCCACCACUUCCAAUUGUCUAGAACCAGAAGUUUGCACAGGCCUACCAUACUUUGUGUUUUAAUUAACUGUUAAUAUUGGGGGUCGUGGAGAUUCGAACACACGACCACUUGGUCAAACCAGCUCUGAUACCAUGUCAAAACCAGUUGCUCCCAAUAACUCGAGUUGUUGCGAGAAAGUUCUGUUGGAUCUUAUACCACUCUCUAACACCAAUCUCUCUUUCCCAUUUACAUCUCUUUCUUCCCUCCCGAUACGAGAAGCUGCAAGGAGAGUUUCAACCUCACAUCAUUGGCGACUGUAGCGGAGAUAAACCUAGCGACGUCGGCAACUGCAGCAGAGUUUUACCAGCUCCGAUCUACACCGACGUUGACGGUCGUCUUGAAGUCCGUCCGAUCUCCAUUUUCGAUCUCGCCAGCUUUGCGUGGGAUUUGUGCUUCGGACUCAACCAACUGAAGCUUGGAAUCAGUUUAGGACUGAUUUGGUCUCAGAGAUGUGGCAAACUCGACCUGCUAGAUUUCGAGCUUCGUCUUGAGUUUGAUUCAUUGUUGUUUGGCUGUAUUCAUUAAAUAUUGAGGACUUGUUCAGUUGUAAUGGUUAAUACAUGUUCAGUUGUAAUUCAAGGUAGUUGUUUUGACAAGUAGACAAAAUUGGGAUCCCCUCUUUGCCCCUCCUUUUUUGUGUUAGUGUUUUCACUUCUGAAAUAUUACUACUACUCAGUUUUGGAUUGUGAAAGAAGUUGAAAGUUUUAGAUGAAUCCCAUGAAUUUAUCUGAAUAUUGGAUCAUGGCAUAAUAGCUUUUCUGUGGUUUUAAACUUGCUGCUUAAUUUGAAUGGAGGCUGUGUUCGGCGCAGUUGGGUUGUUAUUUAAUGAAUGCCUAUUUGGUCGCAGACUCGCAGUGUUUGAUCCGUCUAUGGACCAACUUUUGCUUUUUGUCAAUGAUUCUCAUGGCUAGUAGUAGUCUCAAUGAUUGAUUUUUGCUUUGCUGGGUGCAGACCUGUUAGUAUGAGCAGCAAGUUCCUCUCGACAUGAUCGAAACAGAAUUCGGGACUUAUCUAAGCUCGUACCAAGUACUAAGUAUAUUGUUUGCUGGCUUUAGUUGGGCAUUAAGAAACACCUAGGUAAGCCACAAGGAUAAGCUCAUGCACACGCAGGGUAAGAUAUGUAUGCAAAUUGCAAAGCCCUAUAAGCAGUGAUCAUUUGUUUCCCUCCUUUUCAAUGUCCGUUUAAGAUGCCUGCUUUAUUGUAGUCUAGUUGAAGCUGAUAUUGAUUUAGUUUUUUAUCUUGUUUCCAUUUGUAAUGAAUACAAUGUUCUAUUCAUAGAUUGGUUGUAUUAUGUGUGUUUAAUGGUACUUAUCUAUAGCAGUACGAAACUAGAGUUGUUUAUAUUGUUCUCUUUGUACUUAUCUAGGCUAAGACAUGAAUAUCCUCUUUUGUAUUGUUCUGUUUUGCAGCAUGGGAAAGUGAAAGCAACGUGAUGAAGAUAUGGAUGGUGCUUGCUCUAAGAAAUAUACGUACUGGAAAGAGGAACUAGGAAAGCCAUUUGUUGACUGUAUUCUGGAGCUAGUAUAGAAGGGGCAAAUCGUUGACGCCAACUGCAAUAAUGGGGCUUAUAACCAGUUAAAGAAACUGUUGCAGGAAAAAGUGUCGGGGUGCAGGGUCAAGGCAUAUCCUAACAUUGAAGGCAGGUUCAAAAAACUGAAAAAGAGAUGGCAUGCAAUAACAUUUAUGAGGAAACAAAGUGGUUGGGGAUGGGACGAGGUCAAUAAAUGCAUUGUAUGUCCCGAGGGAUCUUGGGAUGAUUUUGCGAACGUAAAUGAUGACUUGAUAUAUACACGUGUUUUUGUCCAUCAUUCCUAUACCGUUUGAAUCACAUCUCUCGUGUUUUAGGCCGAUUUCACGCUAGGUUGUUCUUGUUUGUGAUAUUUCAGGUCUUAGCACGUGAAGGAAGGUUUGGGCAUGAGUUCUGGGCCGAUUGGACGAAGUUAGAACGUGGACGAAAAGCUGGGGAAACCACACGGCCAGACCUAAAUGCCACACGGCAGUGUGACGUGGCCGUGUGGAACCCCUUUGCGUGGGCGAGCCACACUGGUCGUGUAAAGGAUCCUUCGUGGCCCUGUGGAAUUCCCAGGGAGCUCACACGGACAGGCCAUAAUUUCACACGACCGUGCGGUUCUGGUCGUGCAGCGUACAUGAAGUCAGGUUUGUCACAUUCACUUCGUCUAAAUUUCUUCCAUGUCCCUUAGCCACAAUGGAGUUUGAGUUUCGCCCUGAUCUUUGUAUAGUGGUGGGGUGGUUUAUACCCUUGCUCCAUUAAUGGUUAUCAGCUGCUUUUACUAAGAACUAGUUGCUUGAAGUUUUCAUUUGGUUGUUCAGAGAAAUGGUUCAUGCAGUAUGCUGGUUGCAUUUAGGGCUUUACCAUCUAGAUUUCGAUAGUUUUCUGAUUUCAAAUUGUUAGCUAAACGGUUCCUUCUUGUUCGACAGACUUUCGUUAGCUUCCUUGAACAAAAAUGGCAGAAGAGGAAGAGAAAGAAGGGGAAGAGACAUGAGAGAAGAAUAAGAAGAAGAAGAAGAAGAAGAAGAAGAAGAAGAAGAAGAAGAGAGAAGAAGAAGAAGAAGGCAGCUCAGACAGUCAGAAGCAGGAGCAGAGUGGGGAAGGCAUAGUUUCCUUGCGGCUAGGGGCUCCAAUCCUGGUAGUAGUUUUCAUAUAGGUAAAAAUAUAUAUUAGUGAUAGACUAGGUGAUUUAAAUUAGAAUACUAAGAUUAUUAGUACACAUGUUUUCCAUUAGUGUACGUACGACUAAUUUGUUAUUGUGUUUUCAACACAAGUUUAAUAGUAAAAAUUUUAUUCUUUU